AUGUUUCUGGAUCUGUGCUCCGUAGCUUGUAUCCUUGGACUCCAUCAUUUCAUCUGUGCUAGGCGGACUCAAAGCCGGCAAGUCACAUGCCAAGGCUUGUUUGGUCUAGGGCUUCCAGAGGUUGCAGUUAUUGCUGGUGUAGCGGCUCUGGUCUUUGGGCCGAGCAAGCUGCCUGAGCUGGGCAAGACGCUCGGGAAGACAGUCAAGAGUUUCCAGACGGCGGCCAACGAGUUUUCUGAGGAGUUGAAGGCAGGCAUGGCGGAAGACCCCAAGAAGCCAGCUGCUGAAGAGCCGAAGAAGACGGAUUCAAGCAAGGCUAAGCCCCUGAAGGCUCCGAAGAAGGCUGAGAAGGACUAUGACGAUGCAGACUUGGAGUUCCUAGCCAAGAAGAAGGCGGAGGAGGCUGCGUUGAAGGAGCUGAAAGCAAAGGCGGCCAAAGGUGCAAUCGGGGGCGCGGGCCUGAAGAAGUCUGGCAAGUAAGAGCCCCUCCCAAGUGUUAUGCCGUACAGCUGCACAUCGCAAUCCCCAGACUGGUAGCCGGAGCUGCCGCCGCAGUGGAAAGCCGGGACAGCCGUAGCACACCUCCCAGGUACAGCAAGGAAGCUGCGCAGAGCACAUGGCAGAGCCAUCAUCAGAAAAAGACCGCCCGCAACCUUGCUGGCUCUGCGAGGUGUUUUUCCGAAACAUGCUGCACAAUGUAGGCAGAGACAUGCCGAAGUCUUACAACAGCAACAUUGGUAAUUCCGCGAUGGCAGCAAUUCCGGAGCGAGUGAACGCUGACAGGAUUGAGGACUAUGAUCGAAGUCAGGGCAUAGGAAGAGCUGAAGGUGACGGCUCGGUGUCCAAAGACUGCCUCGGCUGUAGGGUGACGGGCUGCUUGUUCGGUUUGGGGGGUGCGGCGUACCUGGGGUCGACGCUGCUGCUGCAAGAAUCCCCCCCCAAGGGUGCACACCGGUACUCAGUGAUUGCGGCUGCGGGUACUAUGUUCCUGCUCGGCAUGUACCGUGCAUUGGGUUGAUGUAAAUACACUCUGCUGUCGAGUCCGGUGGGCCGUGCUGUGUCCAUAAGCGGCGACUUUGGCCGUUCAUGUCGCGACCUGAACUGACGACGGACGUCUAUCUUGCGAGAUCAGUUUUCACUGGGGUUACCAACUGAGUAUCGGAUUGGGUUCUGUGUGCGUGGAUAUGCUCUUGGAAUAAACGACCCAGGUCGAGUCGCAGGCCUCACUGAACAUCCAGUAAACUUGUAAACUCAAGCUUACUUGC